GGCUAGGAUUUCCCUGAAAUGAAAGUGGAAGCAGUAAGACCUCAUGCAGAACCUUCGAAAGUUUGUUUCAAGCUCUUUGGGACUGGAGGAGACCAAAGCCCCUAAAAGCAUACAAAUAAGAAUUUUAUCGUGGUGGACUGUGCCACUCUGUGCCAACCUCUGAAGCCUCAGCUGUUACCCAACGGAUCCCAGACCCAUAUCAGUGACCAUGAAUAUUACCCUCUGCACCCUUCAGAAGGAGCAGACCAGACUAAAGAUGAGACUGCAGGAGUUGCAGCAGCUAAAAAGGGAGCUCAGGAAUUCUCCCAAAGACAAGAUCACAUUUCCUGUACCAGAAGUUCCCUUGGUGUUCCGAGGACACACUAAGCAGGGCAGACAAGUGCCCAAGUCUUUAAUUUCCAACAUGCGUAUCUGCUGCCCUCUGCCUGGAGGCUCUGCUCUGGUCAUCUUCGAUGACCCCAAAGUGGCUAAGCAGGUGCUUCAACAAAAGGAACAUAAGAUUGACAUGGAGGAGUGCUGGCUGCGGGUAGAGGUCCAACCCUUGGAGCUACCCAUGGUGACCAACAUCCAGGUGUCCAGCCAGAGGAAUGAACAGAGGGUACUGGUUAGUGGAUUUCCUGCUGAACUCGGGUUGAGUGAAGAGGAGCUGCUGGACAAGCUGGAAAUCUUCUUUGGCAAAACCAGGAAUGGGGGUGGGGAUGUGGAGACUCGGGAACUGCUACAAGGGAGUGUUGUACUGGGUUUUGCUAAGAAAGAAGUGGCCCAGAACCUAUGCCAGAUUGGCCAGUUCAAAGUGCCAUUGGGAAGGCAGGAGGUUCCACUGAGAGUCUUUCCCUAUGUGAGUGGGGAGAUCCAGAAGGCUGAGAUCAGAUCCCAGCCAGUGUCCCACUCAGUACUGGUGCUCAACAUCCCCGAUGUCCUGGAUGGCCCAGAGAUGCAUGACGUUUUGGAGAUUCACUUCCAGAAGCCCACUCGUGGGGGUGGAGAGGUGGAGGCCCUGACAGUUGUGCCCCCGGGACAGCAGGGCCUGGCAGUCUUCACCUCUGAGUCAGGCUAGGUUCUUCAACCAGAGGGGCUUGGUUGGAGAACCAAGAGAUCUUUCCAUUUACCGACAGGGGGCAGGGAUUACACAUUGUGAAUUGCUGCCAGGGAAGAGUAAAAGUGCCUGCUUGGCAUGAUGU